UCCUUGCUCUCUUGAAGGCCUUUUAAUCCUAUUAUAUUUUAUAUCCUGUUAUAAAUUACCUUUUUGUUUAAUCCAGUAACACUAACUUGAAGGCCAGCGAACGUGAUCUGUUCUGUUAUCGAUUGGUUUCGUCUGCAGCCAGAACUCGCGGGACGGUUGAGUGUGGCAAAAUAUUCCGCAAGUCUCGUCAGGUUAGAAACAAAGGUUAAAAACAACUUUUGAGCUUAAACCUUUCUCCUGGUUUACAGAAUGUCAGAGGAGAUUCUCCCUAACGAAGAUAAAGAGACACUGAGAAGACGAUUGGAGCAGCUUAAGCGAGAGUAUGAGAAAACAGCACAGAGACUGCAGAGAGCAGAGCGCCAUGAUGCCAUUCGCAGACUUACACAGACUGACUCACCACACACAUCUGAGCCAUCUUCUGUGACUUCAUCGAUGCAGACAUCAGAAUAUUCAGAAAACCACGAGAAUCUACAAUUACAAACCAGCCUUAUUGCUGAAACAAUCAGCUCUGGCUUUAACACUGUACCAAAAAUCCCCGCCAUCCAAACGGAUUUUGCUGAGAUUAUGUCCACCCCACCUUUGUACUCCCCAGUAUGCAAACGAAGCCCCGCCCACCGCCUGCGUUCUAAGCGUAGUCGACUACGUCUACGGAACAAACAGCAAGAUUCAGAUACUGACAUCGGCCAAGAAAAAGUAAUAGAUGGAAGUGGAGAGAGUUUUGUUGAAAAUGUGGAUACUGAAAUAAAGGAGAGUAGUGACUGUAAUGAAUACGAGAACGGUCUAAAAGGAGUGAGAAAAUAUGGUAAGAUGGAAGACAAGGACUGUGAAAAGAAAAAAGAAAUUGAGAAGAUGUCCGCUGAAAGGGAGAAGAACCAGGGCAGGCCAAUAGACAUAAAAAAAGUUGGUAAAAUUGCUACGCCAUCACAAGAACUGGAAAAUGAUGUAAAAAGAGUGGGACAUUGUGUAUUAAACUGCUCUAUGAACCAAUCAGAUAAUAGACUGCCAAUAGUUUCAAGUGAAGAAAAUCAGAUUGUUCAGUGUAGCCAGGAAAAGGUUAACCUAAAAGGUCAAAAAUCAAACUCAGAUUCAGCUGUGUCUAUCCAAAGCUUGUCUUUCCUUCCAUCUUCUGAGGGAGUACAGAUUGCUGACAAAUCACAGGAGAUGCCUGAACAAACUAACCAGAUAUUCAAAGACACAAAUAAAGGUUAUGAUGACAGGAUAGACACCAAAACAUCUGGCAUUCUAGACUCUUGCACGCUGGUUGAGGGUUUACCGUUUCCCGUGGAAUAUUACGUUCGGACGACAAGGCGCAUGGCUGCAUCUCACAGCUUUGUCGAUCUAGAUGCUGUCAUUUACAGCCAGCUCACUGGGGGGCGGGGCAGACGCAGGCUCAGCCAAUCACAAACAAGUGCUAGAGGUCACAUGACCCCAGAGCAUUCAGUCCGCAGGUCCACUGAUCAGACCAGACGUGGUGGAAAAGGUCAGAGAGGGAGAAGAGGCCGUCCAAAAAAAGCGCCUAUAUGUGUCAAAGCUGAUCCUGAUUGUACAAUAUCACAACCCCCUGGCGAUUCUCAAGCAGUUUCAGAAUCUCCUACAGAAUCAAAGGCCACGUCUCAUGCUGAAUCACCCAGCCAACCAGUACUGGUCCUUGAAAGGCAGGAGUCUCAGGAAGUCCACACAGUGAGUUUAAAGCCAAGUCCAGAACAAGGAGUCACUCAAGAUUUUAAGCAUCUUCCAGAUUCUCAGCUUUGCAUUGAUUGCCAACUCCUCCCGGAUUCAAAUUUGUACCCUAUUUUCAGACGAAAACGUGGCCAAACUGAAAUGGCAUCUCAGACAGAUCAGUCACCUCUUCUGCCAUCAUUAGCUUCACUUAUUCAGGCCCUUCAAGAAAAGGAUGAGAAAACCGGACUGCUGGUGGCUGUUGAUUUCCAGGAUUUCCACCUACCUGAUGAGGAUUUUGGACAACUGAAGUUAGAAAGAUUGCGCCUGUCCACUUCAGUCGUAGAGCCCUUCAUACAACGUCCCAUCAUGUACAAUACACGGCAGAGCAGCAGGCGCCAGAGAACCAGCGGGAGAAAGACUGAAGCACAUUACCCAGUGGGUGAAUUAUUUACUCCAGAACCCCUAACUAUCUCUUCUCUUGAGGAUAGUCUGCCUCUUUGUCAGUCAGACCCCGAUGACCAAUCACAGACAGAGAUUCAAAAGGACCUCAACGCUGUAAAUGAAAUAAAGACCUUCUCCUCAGAUUUGAUGGACAGUAGACAGAUUAUCAAACCUGAACCAGACGGAAACGUAAAUAAUGAGAGAAAAGGUGAGGUCCCACUUAAAUGCUCAGAAACGAAAAACAGUAAUGAGGUUCAGUCACAAACAAAGACGCAGCAUUCUCACAUGCCCCCGGAGAACAACUCGCCUUGCCCUGUGAGACUAAGUUUGAGCCCAUCUCUGACUUCACAUACACAGAAAGGUCAAGAUCCUGUCCUACCAUCUUUAGGAAUGUCCCCUCAAUUUUUGACAUCAGGUUCACCAUUAGGACUCCGGUCACCUCUCUUUUCUUCCUCUGGUCUCCUUAGGUCUCCUACUUCAAUUACACCUAUGGGAUGUAGGUCUCAAGAGUCAAUCUCAGUUAAAAUAGGGGACAUCAAAAAUUGUAUCACUGUAAAAAGUGGAGAUCAGGGAGGUUCUAAAACAGAAAAUCAGUCUCAAAUUAGUCAAGAAACAAAAGUUCAAAAUACUGUAAAAGCACGGCUUCCAUCUCAAACCAACACUCCACCAGGAUGUGAAAACCUAAAUGGUCUGGAAAUUGAAUCCUCACGCAUCACAGAAAAUGAACAGAAGUGUGAGUGCAGUCUUGAUACGGAAAACAGGCUUGAGUGUAGAAAUAAGAUCAAUUGCACGCAAGAAAAUGAAGUUCAAUUCAAUACUUCUGAACCAGUGGUUUUAAAAAAUGUCUUUGAAUCUGAAAUCCAAACCAAAAACAAUUCUGAAACGGACGUUGAAACCUGUAAAGUCUUUGAGCUUGGGUCUGAAACCCAAAGUAUGGGCUUAAAACCAAAUUUGACACUGUUACAUUGUGGUAAAACAUCUGGAGCUGUAGGUCAAGCUUCUGUUGAAUCAGCUUCUUUGGACACUUAUCAAAGAACAGAGAGAAAGACUGGUUUUGAUGAUAACUGUACACAGUCAGAGGAGCAAAACACCGUUCCAUCCAACAACCGGACAUUAUUGCAUGAGGAAUCCCUAACUGGCACUUCAUUAACUGAUAAGGUUCAUUGUUCUGCAGUCCUGCAGGAGAUGCACACUUUUAAGGCGCUGGAGGGUGGAUGCGUGUUGGAGUUGUGUUUGUUGCAAUGGCCAUCGGAGGACUGGUGCAUAUGUGUGGCAGGAGAAUGGAGCGUUUGCCUUUGGGCUCAGGUGAAGGGAGUGAAGUCGUGGAGUCUUUUACACACCUGGACAUUUGCACAGUCUGUCAUGUCUUUGCAUGGGAUACCAGACUCUUCGGGACUGCUUUGUGUCACUCUGGGUCACUUGGAAAUCACAGAGGCCAGAAUUCUUUGCUGUCCGAGUAUGGAUGGACCGUUCUCUCAGAACGCAGUGUGCAAGGACACAUUACAAGCAGUGUUGGGUGUGUCUAAUUGUCGACUUGUGUGUUGCUCCACCCCUGGAGAUCAACAAAGAGUCAGUGUGUUAACAAUGACUCAAGAUGGAAGAGUAAACAGCACUCUUCCCCUGGCCUCUGCUAAGCAGAACAUACGGACACUAGCAGCUGUCGAGGGUGAAAAAGAUGCUCUGAUUGGUUGGACAGAAUGUAAAACUCUCCUUAUAUGGAACCUGAAAACAGGCCAGCUGCUGCAGACUAUAUACCUGGAAAAGACUUUAGCCGUGACAAACUGCAUGAAGGGAUAUUCUUACAGAGGUGUGCUGUGUGUGUUGCUUCAGAAUGCAGGAAAUGUAUGUGAUGAGGAGAGUAACUCAUCUCUUUUUACCCUGAUUGCCACAAAUCCUCUCACCGGCAAACAUAUCACACUGACCUCUAUCAACUGCCCUGAUCAACCCAAACAACAGUUAAUAGAUGGCGAUGUCCUGGGCUCUUGCUUGGUUGGUGUUUUCCAGUCUGGUCAUCUUGCAGUUUGGGAUCUCAGAGGAAGUGUAGCUAAAGUUGUUUGUGUGCUGGAUGAGUUGUGUCGACUAGCUCGUUGGGCAGGGCCUGAUAAGAUGCUGACUGGAUAUCUGAAUGGAGAUGUUAGCGUGUUUCGUUAUAAAUCUACAUAAACACAUCAUACAUCUCUACUCAGCAAAAUGUAUGCAAAAUGACUUUUAUUACUUGUUAAUAAAACUAAAAUGUGUCAAUUAGUGCCAUUGUGUAAAAAAGGUAACAUUAGCAGUUUGUUGAUUACAGUUAAUAUAAGCAAAACCAGAUAAAUAUUUUGUACUGUUUGAAUGUGAUAUGUAAAAUAUUUUUUACGAAAUAAACAUAAAUGACAAACACUUUUAAUGCUUUUAAUAUUG